GAGCCGAGUCGGGGUGGGGUGGGCUGGUGUGGGCUGCGCGACCAUGGGCAACGCCGGCAGCAUGGAGCCGCAGCACAGUGAUGUGCGAGCCCAGACCGUGCCCCACAAGGUGCCCAUGCCCGGGGCCGGCGAGCUGGAGGAGCGCUUCGUAGUGGUUCUGAAUUCCAUGAACCUUCCUCCUGAUAAAGCUAGACUGCUGAGACAGUAUGACAGCGAGAAGAAAUGGGAGCUCAUCUGUGACCAGGAAAGAUUUCAAGUGAAAAAUCCUCCACACACAUACAUUCUGAAGCUGAAGGGUUACCUUGACCCAGCUGUGACCAGGAAGAAGUUCAGAAGAAGAGUGCAAGAAUCAACUCAAGUACUGCGAGAACUGGAGAUUUCCCUCCGAACAAACUACAUUGGUUGGGUGAGAGAGUUUUUGAAUGAAGAGAAUCAAGGCCUGGACAUACUGGUGGAGUACCUCUCAUUCGCACAGUGCGCAGUGACGUUUGAUUAUGAAAGUAUGGAGAAUAACGUGGAGAAUGCAAUGGACAAGAAUAAACCGUGGAGCCGCUCCAUUGAGGAUUUACACCGGGGCAGUAAUCUACCAUCACCCGUUGGGAAUAGUUUGUCACGGUCUUCCAGGCACUCGACCUUACGGUUUAAUACAUUGCCAAGCCGAAGGACACUGAAGAAUUCUAGAUUAGUGAGCAGGAAGGAUGACGUACAUGUGUGUAUCAUGUGCUUGCGUGCGAUUAUGAACUACCAGUACGGCUUUAACAUGGUCAUGUCACAUCCGAAUGCUGUCAAUGAAAUUGCACUGAGUCUGAACAAUAAAAAUCCCAGAACAAAGGCGCUGGUCUUGGAACUGUUGGCAGCUGUUUGUCUUGUCAGAGGAGGACAUGAAAUAAUCCUACUAGCAUUUGAUAAUUUCAAGGAGGUAUGUGGUGAAAAGUAUCGGUUUGAAAAGUUAAUGGAGCAUUUCCGAAAUGAAGAUAACAACAUUGACUUCAUGGUGGCUUGUAUGCAGUUUAUUAACAUUGUGGUCCAUUCUGUAGAAGAUAUGAAUUUCCGAGUGCAUCUCCAACAUGAAUUCACCAAACUAGGACUGGAUGAAUACCUGGAUAAACUGAAAAACACAGAGAGUGACAAACUCCAAGUGCAGAUUCAAGCCUACCUGGACAAUGUGUUUGACGUGGGCGCGUUACUGGAAGAUGCUGAGACCAAGAAUGCUGCCUUGGAGAGGGUGGAAGAACUGGAAGAAAACAUUUCUCAUUUGUCAGAAAAGUUGCAAGAUACUGAAAAUGAAGCAAUGGAAAAAAUUGUGGAACUGGAAAAACAGCUAAUGCAAAGAAACAAAGAACUGGAAGUCAUAAGAGAGGUUUACAAGGACACCAACACUCAAGUGCACACACUGCGGAGAAUGAUCAAGGAGAAGGAGGAGACCAUUCAAAGGCACAACCACCUGGAGAAGAAGAUCCACGAGCUGGAGAAGCAAGGCUCCAUCAAGGUUCACAAGAAAGGAGACGGUGACAUUGCCAUUCUGCCGGUUUUGCCCAACCCGUCGCAGUCCCCGGGUGCAGAGAACAUACCAAGCCUUUACACUGGGCCACCACUUGAAGCCUCACAUACGUCCAUGCCAACACAUCCGGGGCUUCCUCCAUGCUCCCCUGCAUUGCUGAAUGGACCAGUGACGGGCAUGUCCUCUCCUCAGCUCCCCCCCCCCCCACCUCCCCCACCGCCGCCUCUAGCCGCUGAAGCUCCCCCACCCCCACCUCCACCCCCCCCCCCACCCGCUCCCCCCCCGUUGCCCGGGACCGCCCCGACUCUCAUCUUCAACUCCGGCUUAGCAGCCGUAAAGAUCAAGAAACCUAUCAAAACGAAGUUCCGAAUGCCAGUCUUCAACUGGGUUGCGUUAAAACCCAAUCAGAUCAAUGGCACCGUCUUCAAAGAUAUUGAUGAUGAGAGAAUCCUAGAGGAACUGAAUGUGGAUGAGUUUGAAGAAAUAUUUAAAACGAAAGCUCAGGGUCCAGCUAUGGAUGUUGUCUCAAGUAGACAGAAAGUGAUCCAGAAGGGAUCGAAAGUGACAUUGCUGGAAGCCAACAGAGCUAAGAACCUUGCCAUCACCUUACGAAAGGCAGGGAAAACCACGGAAGAAAUUUGCAGAGCGAUCCAAGUGUUUGAUCUAAAGACAUUACCUGUGGACUUCGUUGAGUGCCUGAUGAGGUUCUUGCCAACAGAAAAUGAAGUGAAAGUACUGAGACAGUAUGAAAGAGAGAGGAAACCUCUGGAGAAUCUCACGGAUGAAGACCGAUUCAUGAUCCAGUUCAGUAAGGUUGAAAGACUGAUGCAAAGGAUGACCAUAAUGGCGUUCAUUGGAAACUUCACAGAAAGUGUUCAGAUGUUGACUCCACAACUCCAUGCUGUAAUAGCAGCAUCGGUAUCGAUAAAAUCUUCGCAAAAGCUGAAGAAAAUAUUGGAGAUAAUUUUAGCACUUGGUAACUACAUGAAUAGUAGUAAACGAGGAGCUGUGUAUGGAUUUAAACUGCAGAGUUUAGACCUGCUUCUAGAUACCAAGUCGACAGAUCGCAAACAAACAUUGCUACAUUACAUAGCAAAUGUUAUCAAGGAGAAGUACCCUGAUGUGUCCCUCUUCUACAAUGAAAUCCACUAUGUGGAAAAGGCAGCAGCAGUGUCUCUUGAAAAUGUCUUGCUGGAUGUGAAGGAGCUACAAAGGGGAAUGGACCUGACGAAGCGAGAGUACACAAUGCAUGAGCACAAUAUCGUGCUGAAAGAAUUCCUUACUGCCAAUGAAGGAAAACUGAAGAAACUGCAGGAUGAUGCACGAAUAUCACAGGAUGCCUUUGAUGAGGUGGUGAAAUACUUUGGAGAAAAUACAAAAACAACCCCCCCAUCGGUAUUCUUCCCUGUCAUUGUACGAUUUGUGAAGUCGUAUCGGCAAGCAGGCCAGGACAAUGAGUUACGGAAGAAACAGGAAGAGGCGCUCUUGAAUAAAAUCCUAGAGCAAGAAGCUCUGUUGGAGCAACAGGAUGAAAAGUCCCCUUCACAUAAAACCAAGAGACAACAACAGGAGUUAAUUGCAGAACUGAGAAGGAAACAAGUCCGAGAACACAGACAGGUCUAUGAAGGAAAGGAUGGUGCGAUUGAAGAUAUCAUAACAGAUCUUAGGAACCAACCGUACAGGCGUGCAGAUGCGGUGAGAAGGAGUGUGAGAAGACGUUUCGACGAACAGAGUUUACGCUCAGCGAGCAGUGCUGAACUGGUGUUGUGAUGGCGAAGGAAAGUGUUGAGAGUAUGAGUGUGUCUGAAUGUUACGAUGUCUGCGUGGCGUUUGUUAGCUACCACAUAUCCGCUAGAGGGGCAUGCUGUGGGAAACUGGAAAGUUAGGACAAGAGGAAGAUUCGCAGGCAAACGGUGGGCUAUCCAGUCCAAAUUAACAAGUGCCUCAAUAUAUAAUUUCCUCUCAAGCUUUACAGCACAGUGUCGCUACAGUUGUUGAUAUAACAACUGAUAGGUUUUACAAAUAUUUCAUUAAUUUUAAUAAGGUUGCAAACUAAAUAUGUGAAUUCUAAACAGUUUUAAUUUUGACAUGAAAUGUAAUAUGUUUGAAACCAGGAAAAAAAAUAGCAAUGCUUGUUUGGUGGAGAUGAAGAAUAAUGCAUGUGGAAUAGGUUGCCAUAAACUACCAUAGCAAUGAAAGUUAGACAUCAUUUGAAAACUGCACGCUGUACUUGUGUUGCACAAGAUAUGUUGUUUUUAUCAGCUCUGUCUAAGGCACUGAAACAGCCGUGGAAUUUGGCGAUUUAAACAGAGAAGCAACUCUGGAUCAAAACUGGCUGCGAUCGACAAAUGCAAUACUUGUUUCCCAGCAGGGUCAAAAGAAAUGGAGCUGUCAGUUCCUUUGGUGCGGUGCCAUGACAAAGAAAAAAUGUUAUUUACAUACAGAGUAUGGAUGGUUGGGAAAAACCUGUAGAUACGACUGAGAUAUUAACCCCCUAACUAAACAGUAUUAAGCAUGAGGACCAAAAGUAGAAAUUUGUUACUGGACAAAAAGGUGUAAAAUUGUAUAUUAACAAUUUCCAACAACUGAAAUGAAUUCAUGUACUUCAGAAAAUGUGCCAUUUGGCUUUAUUUUAAUCUCCUUGGUUGCGCAUUGCCCUUGCCAUGUUGAUUGUAAAGUUUAUUGUAUAGUAUUUAACCACUGAACUUCCUGUAUGCAUUUGGCUCAUGUGACCCACUUGUGACUGGCAUUAUUUUUUGUUUUGAACAGUGUAGUUAUAUUUAGAUAAUGCUAUUCUAAAUGUACAGAUAUUUUGCUAAGAAAUCAGUGCAUUUUUAUGGUUUUUUACAGUUCUUUGAUUCACUAUAGCCUCUGGGUAAUAUUGUACAUAUUGUUUAAAAAAGAUUGCGACAGCUGUCCUAUACAAUUUGAAUGUUAUUUUAACUUAUAGUUCUGUUUUUAUAUUUAACUGAAAUGACAGUGACCACGUUUUGGCUAAUCAUUACCGGAUUAACUUCUGCUUAAAAUUUCACUGCAAACUUAGUUUUAAAAUCACCUGCUUUAUAUCAAUUCUACAUGGUGUGUAUAUGCUGCAUAGAACAUGCCAAGAUUGAGUCUUUUGUCUACCUGUGAGUAAACAAGUACAGAUUUUACUAUAGAUUAACUGACCAUAAAUUCUAAGCUAGUGCUCAGCAUCUAAAUUUUAAUCCGCAGAUUUGAUUAGAAAAAUUAAUCUUCUGGAUCAAUGACUGGAAUGUUGGCAUGUUCUGCUCACGUCUUUAAGUUUCCUGCUUGUUGGCAAAAUAGAAUUGUUUUAUAUAUUAAAAAAAAUAGAAACAAGUUUUGUUAAUGGCAUUUGGUCAAAUAAACUUCUUUUCACUACUACACAAAAA